CCUGAGUUUGCUCGAGGCGUUCAAAGCAGGGAUUGACCUCGAUGCAGAUGGACCACCUCCAGGUUUCAUUGAUGAUUAUUGGUUCGCCGAGCCUGAUGACGAUGAGGAGACACGCGGUCCAAUCACGGAUGGCGACACAGGCUACUGAUCUAUGUAGUAGUAAUUGUGAGGCUAGCCUAUUUGUAAUAACUCCGUGUAAUAGAGAUUGUCUAGCUAGGUUAUUUGUAAGAACUCCGUGCUAUGUUUGAGAGAACUCUAUGGUAGCUAUUUGUUGCUUCCACUAAUUAAUUAAUGUUCAUCCUUUUGCAUUAUUUGUUGCUUUCAUUAAUGUUCAUCUACUUAUAUUUCUGUUGCUUUCACUAAUAUUUAUCUCUUUACAAUAUUGCGUACUAAUAAACCACUCUCUUCAUUUGUGUUUGCAGGUGAUUGAAGCAUGCCGCCAAAAAAAAGGGGUGGCGGUCUUAAAAAGAAGCUCAAGGACUUGGUAGGUGUAGGGACUUCGAGGCGGGGCCGAGCUACUACCCCCCCUCCUAGCCCCCCUCCUGUCGCUCCCACAGGGCGGCCGCGUAGGAAGAAUGCGACGCGGGUACUCACUCCUAGUCCUAGCCCCCCUCCCGCAGCCGAUGAUGAUGACGAGGAGGAGGACCAGGAGCACCACGGGGGUGGGGAGGACCAGGAGGAGGAGGUGGGUGGGGAGGACCAGGAGGAGGAGGGAGGGUGGGGAGGACCAGGAGGAGGAGGGGGACGAGGAGGACCUCUCGGAGGAUGAGGGGUUGGGGAACUUAGUGUUCGAUCCUGAUCCAAGCCUAGAGUGGUGUGAGCCGGAGGAUUACCAGUACGUUCCAGCUGUGGAGAGGCUGAGGCCACGUGAUAGGAAGCCAUAUCGGCGUGGGAUAACACAGCUCCCCUCGCUGAAGAGCUGGCGCUACAGGCACGUUGUUCUUGUGCCCUAUGGAAGGAGCUCGUUCCAGUUUGAAGACCCGACGCAGAGACCGCCACGUGGGUACUCGAACAUCCUUGGGGGCCUACUUAGAUGGUAUUUCCCUGGGAUAGUCAAUUUCCCUACUGGUGGCUGCGACGUAGCUUGGAGGUGGGCGCACUACAGCCUCGCGGAAGAUCCUCUUGGCCGCGGCACCGCGGCGGAUAUGGUUGUUGCCAAAUUCUGGAAAUACUUCAAGAGGGCCGAGGGCAAGGAGAAUGCAUGCGAUGAUGUCCUACACCAGCUUGCAAGGAAGAGGGUGACUGGCAUGCACUACGAGGCACGUAUUCAAUGCGUCCGCGACUGGCACGCCGACCGCUUCGUCCACAUGAGUAAGGAGGACGCUCGCGACACGCUCAUGCAGCCGUGGCAGUACUUGCAGGUAUUUGCAUUUAUGUGUUAUUGAUUUCUUU